CACGGUCUUCUUUAAGCGUCCACUCCAUAUUUAAAAAUGAGUAAAAUUCUAAAAGUAUACAUUUUUAUUGUCAUGAACAAUUCGAAAUUCGAAUUCAAUAAACUUUUUUGUGGCCAGCAUUCUAAAAGAAAAGUUUUUACUGUGUGACAAUACUUAUGACCUGACUAGUUAUAGCAUGUUAAAAUAUGGUGCGUUUGGCCUCCGAGAGUCACUUAGCAACAGGUGGGCCCUGAGCUUGUCUGUCCACCGACACUUAUUAAAUACCUUUUGGGAGAAUAUUGUUUAUUUAUGUAUACCGUUUUCACUUGUCAUAUCAGUCGUUCAGGCUUAGUUGACAUUCAUUGAACACAUCGGGAUCAGAAAUUGGCACAAUAUUUUGACAAACAUCCUCAAAAGCUGUUCAAAAACAAUUCUCACAUUCUAAAGUGAAAUAUAAUCCGUUUAGCACUGAAGGGUUCCCUGGGUUUGAUUGAGUGGGAAUGCCUCAUCGGACAGAUAAUGUACGUCAGUGUUUAUUUAGUUGUGACAUAAUCGAAAGCGACGCCGAAACAAUGCGACAGCAAAAACAAAGCCGGCCCCAUGGUGCCCGGGCCGCAACAGAGCAUCAGUUGUCGCCCGGGUUUGUUUACGUAGGUCGCGGAGGAUUAGCGCGCCCGACCCGCGCGCUGUCACAACACUUUUUUCAGGCACAAACCGCGCCAACAUCUCGACUUAACACGUGCUUUAGUGUGAUUUAUAAUAGUUUUACCGCUAACGCGACACAAUGAAUAGUUUCCAGGAGAGGUCGACCGUGCACAUGCGGCCGGCUCGCGGCGGAACACUCCACGGCCGCCGGCCGCGCUUCACAGAAACAUUCUAAGGACCGGGAUGCUUCGACACCUACUUAAAACGUCCAAAUUAUUUAUUGCUGCUCGUAACAUCGAGGACGCGACGACGGUUUUUUCACUCUACUUGUUUGUAGUGAAACCUAUGAGAGCGAUCGGCUUGUCACCGUUCCAUUGAGUAUUCCAUUAUUUGGACGUAUAUAAGUCUACCAGGAGCACUGUUCGCACUCCUGGCACGUUUGACACUCUGAGCACCACGCAACACCUUAUCAGGGUAAUUAGUCUGGCCUCUAGAUAUAAUAUUGGAGCGUGUGUCAGUUCAUUGUCACUCGUACCCGCGGCGCUCCUCGCGGCGCCCACUCCGGACUUCUCGCGCUGAACGUGGUCGACCAAGAAGACCGGCUCUAACUUAAGAAUGGCAGAUAAGAAUGAUUAGCACAGUGUGCGUAAGAGUGCCGUUGAUAAGGUUGCGCUUAGAGCGCAGACGAGAGUAGCGUAGGUCGGGAGAUGUUAUCAGAUAAGGCGCGCACGUGCUGAUACCUUAUCUCCACCGCCGCGUCGUCAGCUGACGGCCGCCGCCGGUCCAGCGAGCGGGCUCAUUGACCGCUGCACCUCUCCGCGCAUUCACACACCGCUGGCUACUUGCGGUCACGAUGCUCAUUGCUCUGACUGUCUCCUCGUUCUCAUAAUAUUGAUCAUAAUAUCCAAAAAGCGAAUGAGUACCUAAACAAAAUGCAGAGGAAGGAACACAAUGCACAAUGCUUCCGAUGGUACCCAUGCGUAGCGUCGGAUCCGUCCGCACUGCAGUAACGCACAAGGCAAUGCAAACGAAUAUAAGUCAUCCAUACACAUAAUAUUUGUAUAGUAAUCAUGUGGAGGAUUCGUUUCCGUAAAUACUGGUAGAUAUGCUCGUAGCGUUAAGUAAUAUCAAGUCGUAUUUUCUACUGUAUAAGGCGUAAAUAAAUGAAAUAGGUAUGUCAAGUGUGAUUUGUAAUGCGAACAUGUCGUGGGCUCGCUCGUUCCAGUCUAGUAACGCAGCAACGCAGCAACGCACGGCGUCUAUGUACUAAAGGUAGGACACGAUGACGGCACCCAUGCACCCAUGUACGGAUUGUAAGUAAGUAGGUGAGUAGGUACAUGUGGCAGUCUGGCAGUGUGUGCGUGUGUAGGGGACGUAGGGGUAGUCGUGGGGUGGGCUCGCCGGCGCGGCCCGGUGGUGCGGGUCGUCCGUUAGUUACCGCGCGACUCUCGCCCCGAGCGCAUGUGUUUGUUCUCCGUGCUCAGCAUGCUGCACGACGCCUGGCCCUCUUCCUGGGACAAGGCCUUCUCUAUCGACUUGGAAACACUCAUAGCUGAGAUCAACAACAACUGUAUGAAAGAAGGCGCGGCGGAGUGCGGCUACGCCCCCGGGGCCGGAGGCGGGCUGUCGCCGGCGGCGCGCAGCUACCAGGAGCUGCGGCCCGCACACGCGCGCGACAUGCAGCCCUACGCGCACCUCGACGACGCGCUCUUCAAGCCGCCGACCCCGGGCGCCGCCUCCACCGACGGCGUCUACCUGCGCCGGAGUCCCGAGCUCAGCCCCUCGCCGGAGCGCCGCGACGACUACCGCCCGCCGGCGCCCCUCCACUACGAGCACUACGCGCCGCCGCCUCCCUACUCGCACGACCAUCACCACCACCUCGAGCAAGGCGGAGGCGGCAACGGCGCGGCGAGCAGCGUGUACACGCGGUGCGCCUUCAACAGCGCCGCGCCAUACUUCACCAACGGAGCCGACCUCUCCGCCCAGCCGCAGCUCUGGACCGCGUCCGGAGGGUCUCCGAGCUACGGCAGCAACGCGAUACUGGCGGACGAAUACGCCGAGAGCGCCGCGGAGGGCGGGGGGUCCCUGCCGUCUUUCAACACGCGGUUCGGCGGCGCCUUCGCCUGCGCCACCUCGCGGCCCUCCACCGUCUACGGAGCGCCAGCUCUGGCCUCCAACGCGUACGCACACCAGGAGGGGUGGAGCCUGGAGAGCAACCGCCGGCCGCAGCUCUCCGCAGCCGACCGACUCUCUGCAAUCGAGUUGGCGGAGUUUUUCACUGAGGGGCGCGAGUGCGUGAACUGCGGGGCGAUCCACACGCCGCUGUGGCGCCGCGACGGCACCGGCCACUACCUGUGCAACGCGUGCGGCCUCUACAACAAGAUGAACGGCAUGAACCGGCCGCUGAAGCAGCCCCGGCGGCUGGUACGUCAGCGCCACGCCGCACUCGCUGCGCCUCCACAUGAUAUGGGCGCCAAAAGACCGGGCACGAUGUGCACCAACUGCCAGACCACGGCGACGUCCCUGUGGCGCCGCAACGUGCAGGGCGAGACGGUCUGCAACGCGUGCGGCCUCUACUUCAAGCUGCACAACGUCAACCGACCUCUCACCAUGAAGAAGGACUCCAUUCAGACGAGAAAACGGAAACCAAAGAACAGUAAUAUUAAGGCUGACAGAAGCGCUAAGGCAGUACAGCGAGCCGUCUCCGCGGGCAUCAAGAUGGAGAGCAUAUUGGAGUCGGCGCGCCGCUCUCCGCCGCGCCUGGGCUACUACGUGCAGUCGGCGGAGGGCAUGAAGCUGGAGGAGCCGCAGCACCACGUCAUGUACAUCGGAGUGCCGGAGCUGGGCCCGCACAAGGCCGCGCCGCACCACGACCACUCCGCCGUGUCGCUCGCCAGCUGAGCCUCGCGACCAACUCCAAACAUCAUCAUAAUAAUUAGUACGUUUGUUGUGUAUAUUUGUACGUGCGUGAUAGAGCUCCCUCGCUCGGACCGCCGCUCGCCGCCCGCCGCUCGCCGCUCGCCGCCCAAAUACACGUUCACUAGACAUGAUUACAUUUAGCCUAAAAUCUAUAUAUUAAUGAAAUAUGAAUAUACAUAGGUGUAUACUCGUAUUAUAACGUUACUGUAACAUAAUAAUAACAAUAAGUUUGCGCGGGGAGCGGCGGCUGGUCGGGCGACGCUAAAUGUUGUUUUAAUGAAAGGUUCGAUUAGGGUCCUGUUACUUGUUACCGAUAUCAUUAAACCUAUGAGACUGUGCAUUAACCAUUCCUAACGUGCAUUCCUAAAUAGAUAGCUAUUUAAAUAAAUAUAUACAAUUUUAAUUAGAUUUAAGACGUUUUAAAACCCGCUGUUGUAGUAGAUUCGGUCUUCACUUUCAAGUGUUGAUGACUUGUAUGAACUCCAUGACUUGCAGAAACAUUCCAUGAAUCGAUUCAAUUAGUUCGUAGAACUCGUACGAGUAUGCACUCGCACUCGCACUCGCACUCGCACUGGCACUCGCACUCGCACUCGCGCGCAGCGUCCCUCGCCGUGCAGUGUCGCAUCGUGUACUCGUAUCCGUUAUCAUAAUACCUAUUUGAUUAGAUGUGUUUUUUUAUGAUUGUAUUUUCAAAAUUGUCUUAUUUACCACGCUCUCUAAUUACCAUUAAGUAAGUAACAUACAAACAAACAAACAAACUACUCAAUAUAUAAUAUUGAAGCCAUCAUUGUAUUGAUAUUGUUCUGUUAUUAUAUUAUCAAUAUGUGUACGGUAAGCUACACGACAUGUUUAAAUACAAUACUUUUUAAUUAUUAUUAUCAUAUUUUAUAUAUUUAGAGACUAUGCAUUUAAAAUUAUAUUAAUAUAAUUAUUUCCUCUCUUAACCAAGGUGGACCGAAUUAUUAAUAUUACCCAAGUUUCUCACUAAGUGCCUUAGUUAUACUUUUUAGAGAAUAAAUUAAAACAUAAUAUUAUGUCAUUUUGUACCAAAUGUUGGACUCGGAUAAGAUAAUAUGUUCUUCGCGUUCUGCUGGUGAUUGAGAUGAAAUUGUUCCACACUGUUUACUCUUAAAAUUUUAUACGAUAGAUGCAUUUAAAUUAUGAUCACCGCAACAGAUUUAUAUGUUAUGUUAUGUUAAAUAGAUUCUGAGACACGGACGCGCAAAGAUAUAUUUAAUUUUAAUGAAGUCGUAGGUUUAUUUAAAGAAGCUUCGCCAAAUAGUAGGUACGUGUAGGCUGUGGACGCCCGCGCCGCCGCGCCGUAGGGACGACUCGAGUCUACGUCGAUCGCGAUCUGUACAUAUUAGUUAAGGUGUCAAAGUACAUUCUAUUAAAGUUCUAUUAUAAAACA